AUGGCCGCGUGGUUCCCGGAGAUGCGAAUGAUUGAGCUCGAGAUUUGCUGGGAGACGAGACGACGCCACGCGCGCGCGGCGUUCCGGAGCAAAGUGAUUGCUCUUGCUCGCUCGCACAUGGAGAGUUGGAGACCGCACUUCCACGGAAGCGUCCGUCCCUACCGCGCUCACGGAGGUCCCCGCCGCCGCCUCCGCCGCCGUCGAGAGAUCCGGCCGCACGUCUCCCUCCCCUCCGUCCCGGGCGCCGAGGUCCGGGCGCACCCCCGCUCCGUCCCGAGCGCCGCACCGUCCCGCCCGCCGCGCCCCGGCCGCCGCGCCGUCGACCCCGGCAACGCCGAUCCGUCCCGGGACCUCUCGACGGACGUGCAGGAGGCGCUGGACGCGGCGCCGCUCGACCCCGCCCGCUGCGCCAUCCGCACGGCGCGCGACACCGCCCGCCGGCCGGACCAGGGCAGCACGCCUCCCUCCCCUCCGGCGCACCGCAUCUCGACUUCUCCCGGCGGCUGCUGGGCAGCACGCCUCCCUCCCCUCCGGCGCACCGCACCGGGACUUCUCCCUGCGGCUGCUCGUCCGUCGCCCGUUCUCUUUGGUGGAUGGCUUGGCGCCUUGGCUCCUGGCGCCCAGGCCUGGACGUGCGUGCUGCAGGUCCAGCUCAAGUCCUGCAGCGGCAGGCAAGGUCACCCGAUCCACCGGCCUGGAGGCUCACACGGCCGGCCACCAUCAGCUGCAACAAGAGCAGAGUCAAGAACGGCACACGAAGGGAAGGACAGCAAGCACUAACAAAUUAACAUCUUGACCUUGGGAUUUUUGGGCUCGUGAAUGCUUGGCUUUUGAUUUGUUUUGCAGGUCUCCACCGAGCGUGUGUGUGUGUGGGACAUCCCAGCUCCAAUCGAACUUGUUCUUCAUCAGCAUUAUCUCGCCCGGAUGGUGUUUGGUGAAAUGUUUCACACAAUUUUUCUUUGUCUGAUGAUUUUGCUACAUUUGGUUUAGGCCCUUGUUGAGUAGUUUAUCUUGUUCUAGGGUUGUUAUUCAUCUGUAGUUUGUCUUUCCUCUUACUAGAUUUAUUUACAAGUUUUAGGCUUACUUGUUUUUCCUGCUUUAUCUAAAAUCAGAAAAGCAAAACAAAAAUUAGUUUCUUUUGUAUUCGUGCUUGUUAGAUUUAUUUCCUCCCCUCCUCCCUCCUCGAAGCUGCGGAGCUGUGCGGCGCGGACGGGCCUCGCUGCGGCCAGCUCCCGGCAGAGACAAGGCGGGCAGAGCAAGGGCGGACGGCAGGCGCGCGGAGCAAGGGCGGGCGGACGGCGGGCGCGCGGAGCAAGGGCAGCCGGCCGGCGGGCGCGCGGAGCAAGGGCGGUAUACAUUCGCCGCCUUAUGAUUCAGAUACGUCGUGUUUUCGAUCAUCUGUGCAUUAUGCUGGGUGAGGUUAUUUCUACGGUACCUCUACAACCAAGAAAGCAACUGAAUUCUCCAUUGACGGUAUGCAUUAGAACUCUUGUAAUUUCUCUGCACUCCUACAAGGCUUUGAAUUUAACAGGUGUGUUGCUAUACUCUGCAUAUGCUAUCCAUCUCACACUUAAUUAGGGAGGGACCUAGGUGCAAAGCAUUUGUCCUAUUAAGUUUUGCAUUUUAUUUUAUGUUUCAAUCAGGUACAAGUUAUAAAAGCUAUGUAAAAUCAAGAUUCUCAUAACUCGAUCUAUGGAAUAGAUAUAUUCAAAUUCAAAUA